CGCUCUCUCUCUCCCUCUUCUCUCUCUGUUAGAAAAAUUUGCUUUCGGAUUUUCAGUUGCAGUCUUUGCCCUGCGCUCUCUUUUGCAAGAGUGGAGCUCUAACAGAGCCGGCGACCUCAAAAUGGAGGAAGGAAACGCGGACAUCUCAAGCUACAUUGUUGGACUCAUCGAGAACAGAGCUAAGGAGGUUGGUUUGGUUGCAUUCAACUUGCGAUCAGCCUCAUUGCAUCUUUCUCAAUACAUUGAAACAAGCAGUUCAUAUCAGAAUACAAAGACACUAUUGCAUUUCUACGACCCAGUGGCAAUUAUUGUCCCCCCAAACAAGUUUGCACCAGAUGGCAGAAUUGGUGUUUCAGAACUUGUAGAUCGAUAUUAUUCAUCUACUAAGAAGGUUGUCAUGGCGCGGGGUUGCUUUGACGAUACAAAAGGAUCUGCUGUGGUAAAAAAUUUGGCAUCCCAUGAGCUUUCUGUUCUUGGUUUAGACACUUACUACAAACAGUACUAUCUUUGUCUGGGUGCUGCUGCAGCUACCAUUAAAUGGACAGAAACAGACAAAGGUGUCAUAGUCACAAAUCACUCAAUAUCGGUUACCUUCAAUGGUUCCUUUGAUCAUAUGAAUAUUGAUGUUACAAGUGUGGAAUGCAGUAUUCAGAACUUGGAAGUCAUUGAGCCAUUAGAUUCUAUUCUUGGGGCCUCAAGCAAUAAGAAGAAGAGUCUUUUCUACAUGCUAAAGACAACAAAAACUAUUGGAGGGACCAGGCUUCUAAGAGCUAAUCUGUUGCAACCUCUCAAAGAUAUUGAGACUAUCAAUGCCCGCCUCGAUUGCUUGGAUGAGUUAAUGAGCAAUGAAGAGUUAUUCUUUGGGCUAUCUCAGGUUCUUCGCAAAUUUCCAAAAGAAACAGAUAGGGUACUUUGUCAUUUCUGUUUCAAGCCAAACAGAGUCACCACUGAUGCCGCAGGCCUUGUGAAUGCACGAAAGAGCCAAAUGUUAAUUGCAACUGUUAUCCUUCUUAAAACUGCUUUGGAUGCUUUGCCCCUGCUUUCCAAGGCACUUAAGGAUUCGAAAUGCUUCCUCCUACGCAACAUUUAUAAUAUUUGUGGAAAUGAAAAAUAUGAUGCCAUAAGGAAAAGAAUCAGAGAUUAUAUAGACGAGGAUAUUUUGCAUGCGCGGGUUCCUUUUGUUGCCCGUACUCAGCAAUGUUUUGCUGUCAAGGCUGGCAUUGAUGGAUUUCUUGAUGUUGCACGUAGAUCUUUUUGUGAUACCAGUGAAGCUAUACAUGACCUUGCAAAAAGAUAUCGUGAAGACUACCAACUGCCAAAUCUGAAGAUGCCCUUUAACAAUAGGCAGGGAUUCUAUUUCAGUUUACCACAAAAGGACAUAAAGGGACUGCUUCCUGGUAUUUUCAUUCAGAUAUUGAAACAUGGAAAGAAUAUACAUUGCUCAACUCAAGAACUUGAAUCUUUGAAUGUGAGGAACAAGUCUGCGGCUGCAGAAUGCUACACAAGAACAGAACUUUGCUUGGAAGGACUUGUUAAUUCCAUAAGAGAGGACGCUUCUGUGCUUACGCUACUUGCAGAGACUUUAUGUCUCUUAGACAUGAUCCUAAAUUCAUUUGCACAUACAAUAUCAACUAAGCCUGUUGAUCGGUAUACACGGCCGGAAUUUACUGAGAAUGGUCCAAUUGCAAUUGAUGCUGGAAGGCACCCUAUCCUGGAAAACGUACAGAAUGAGUUCACUCCCAACAAUAUCUUCCUUUCCGAGGCAUCCAACAUGGUAAUCGUCAUGGGUCCAAACAUGAGUGGUAAAAGUACUUAUCUUCAACAAGUUUGUCUCGUUGUGAUACUUGCACAUAUUGGGUGCUACGUCCCCGCACAUUUCUCAUCAUUGCGUGUGGUAGACCGCAUAUUUACUCGCAUUGGAACAGGAGAUAAUCUGGAAUCCAACUCUAGUACGUUUAUGACCGAGAUGAAAGAGACAGCUUUCAUCAUGCAAAAUGUGUCGCCAAGGAGCCUGAUUGUUAUGGAUGAACUUGGUCGAGCUACCUCUUCCUCUGAUGGCUUUGCUAUUGCAUGGAGCUGUUGUGAGCAUUUACUCUCAUUGAAUGCGUACACUAUAUUUGCAACACAUAUGGAGAACCUGUCAGAAUUAGCAAGUGUCUAUCCUAAUGUUAAGAUUCUCCAUUUCCAAGUCGACAUAAAGGACAGUUGCCUAGAUUUCAAGUUCCAUCUCAGGGAUGGGCCUCAACAAGUAAACCAUUAUGGCCUCCUGUUGGCUGGAGUUGCAGGACUUCCUGGCUCAGUAGUAAAAACUGCUCAAAGCAUCACAGCAAGGAUUGCAGAGAAGGAAGCAACCAAGAUGGAAUUGAACUGUACACAAUAUCAUUCCAUCCGAAUGGAUUAUAGGGUAGCUCAGAGGCUCAUUUGCUUAAGAUACUCAAACCAAGAUAAGGACUGCAUCAGACAAGCUCUCAAGGAUCUAAAGCAGAGUUAUAUUGAUGGGAAGCUAAUCUAGUUCAUGUGGGUAAAUUUUCUCAUCCCUCAAACUGAUACAUCGGCAAAAGUUAUAAAUAAGUCAUGGCUAUUGACCUUUUGAGGUCUC